AUCAUGAUGUUUAUUAAGAUUUCUGCUUAAAAUAGAAUUUUCCUUCAAAUAAAAUUUAACCAUAAUGCCCUUUGGAUUUAAGUGUGUGAAGAUUGAAUCUAAAUACCACUAGAAUUUAUCUUAAAUGGCUGGGAUUGCUUUAUUAAAGGGAUAUGGAAGUGAUAGCGAGGGAUCAGAUGAAAGUAGUGAGAAUAUUUCUCUUGUUGAUUCAACGAAAAGUAUUAUUGCUUUGAAAGAAAAAUUUCAAAUCAACGUUGCACCAGUGGUUGAAAUAAAGGAGUCGAUUGAAGUUCGCACUUGUGUGGACCCUUCCAAUAAAGUUAUCAGCUACAAUCCAAAGUAUGAAGAGCUUUAUGCACCUGUGGCUGGUCCAGAAAAUCCUUUUAAAACCCAGCAGCAGAGAGCAACAAAAAAUUCAUUGGCAGGAUUUGUGGAGGAGGCACACAUAAACGACUUCCAUUUUGAAUCACAACGGAGAACUUUCACAAGUUUUGGUUAUGCUGUUGAUCCAACACUUAAUGAUCCUGAGGCUGCCAAAGGAAAACUGGUCUCUGUUAAUGCAGAAGAAACAGAGAAAGCAUCUAUUGAAGAUAAGGUAACUGUGUUUGACAAAACCAAAGAAAGAGAAGGUGAUAAACGAAAGCGGAAGAAAAAUGUGGAUGCUGCUGACAUUGACGGGUUUCUUGGACCGUGGGGAGGAUAUCUGGAUGAAAAGAGAAUUACCACACCAUCAGAAGAAGAAAUGGUGGAACUUGAAGAAAUAUUAGCUAAACGUCAAAAGCGAGGCAAGGUCACUGAGGAUAAGUCUAUGGAUGAGAAGUCAAUUCUUCAUAUCAAAGAUGCUUAUGACUAUCAAGGCCGAUCCUUCUUACAUGUUCCUCAAGAUGUUGGUGUGAACUUGAAAUCUGAUGAACCACCAGAGAAAUGUUUCAUUCCCAAAAAGUUGUUACACACAUGGACAGGUCAUACAAAGAGCAUAUCCACUAUCAAAUUUUUCCCAAAAUAUGCACACUUGUUGCUUUCUUGUGGAAUGGACUGCAGAAUAAAGCUGUGGGAAUUCUAUAAUGAAAGACGUUGUAUACGAACUUACAUUGGACAUAAACAAGCUGUUCGAGACAUAUGUUUCAACAACGCGGGAACACAAUUUUUAUCUGCUGGCUAUGACAGAUAUGUAAAACUUUGGGAUACUGAAACAGGAAAGUGCCUUGGCCAAUUUUCAAACAGAAAAAUUGCUUACUGUGUGAAAUUCAACCCAGAUGAUGACAAGCAACACUUAUUUGUAGCAGGCACUUCUGACAAGAAAAUUGUUUGUUGGGACAUAAACUCAAAUGAAAUCGUUCAAGAGUAUGACCGCCAUUUGGGUGCUGUAAAUACAAUUACUUUUGUGGACGAAAAUCGUCGUUUUGUGUCUACUUCUGAUGACAAAAGUCUCAGAGUUUGGGAGUGGGACAUCCCAGUUGAUAUGAAGUAUAUUGCUGAUCCAUCUAUGCACUCAAUGCCUGCAGUGACUUUAUCUCCGAAUGGAAAAUGGCUGGCAUGUCAGUCUAUGGACAACAAAAUUAUGGUGUUUUCUGCUCUGAACAGAUUCAAGCUAAACCGAAAGAAAACAUUUACUGGGCAUAUGGUUGCUGGAUACGCUUGUGGUUUGGACUUCUCACCAGACAUGAGCUACAUAGUUUCUGGAGAUGCUGAUGGUAAAGUUUACGUCUGGGAUUGGAAGACUACCAAACUGUUUAGCAAGUUCAAGGCCCAUGACAACGUUUGUUCAAGUGUCAUUUGGCAUCCUCAUGAAACCUCCAAAAUUGUUUCUGCAGGAUGGGAUGGAACCCUCAAAUUGUGGGAUUAAUUUUUUUUAAAGAAAGCAGCUGUACAUAUUGUUAAUAAAAAAAUAUUUUUUAAGAAAAUGCUUCCUUUUUAUGUACUCACUUUCAGUGAAUACAAUCAAC